GUUCUAGUAGUAAGUGAAAUUUUACUAACUAGUAAGCUGACAUCUACACUACCAUGAACAUAAAAGAAGACAAAAUUGAAAGUGACGAUUUACUUGACAAAUUUAUAAACAAUUUGAUCAAAUGUCUCGACAACUUUCUGGAACAAUUAAAGAAUUAUUAUCAAGCAUAUUUAUCAGUCGUUCUUAGUGUAAAUCUGAAAGAAUCAUUGAACCAUGCACACAAAGAAGUAGAAUCAAAAUAUAAUGAUUUAAAAGUCCGUCUAACUGAAUUUCAAGCUGUCAUAAUUAGAGACUCAGCAGAAAUAAAACAAAAAUUCAAUGAAAUAAAAUUAUUGAAACAAAAUUAUGAAUUUUAUAAAAACCUCAUGACAAAAUUUUCAAACAAUGAAAAUAAUUCUGAUAUGAUAAAUAAUAUUACGUCAAUGUAUGAAAGAAUACAAGGUCAAUUAAAUGAACUAGUUCCAGUCCACUAUAACAAAAUUAUUAAACUGAAUAAUUUUAAAUUUUAUUUAAAAGACGGAACCAUAGAGUAUCAAUCUUAUUCAGAUCAAAAAAUAUUUUCAAUUCCAAUUAAACAUCGUAUAAAAGAUCUCAAGAGAAGUAUUCAAAAAAUUGGAGUUGAUAAAGAAGUGACAAAAGAGUACACCACUUUAAAGAAAUCUCUCCAUGAAAUAAAAUCUUUGUCAUCAUACUCUGAUUUUACUUCUUUACAAUCAAUUGAAGAUACAUUGACUGAUAAAGGCUCUUUUCAUGUUACUUCAGAAACUAAGAAAAGAAAAGAACAUUCAACAAUAGACGAUAGAUCCGAACUUGCAACUGAUAUACAACAUGUGAAAAGAAAGAAAACUCGUCAUUUCAAUGAUUCUGAUGAUGAUGAUGAUGACGAUGAUGAUGAUGAUGAUGAUGAUGAUGAUAAUUUGAUAAAAUCAAACUCAGAAGAUGAACAAGUACUGCUAUUUCAAAAUGAAAAAACACCUAGUAAUUCUGAAGAUCAAAUUCAAAACAUUCUAAAGAGGUUAUCCAAGAGAAAAAUAUCCAAAAAACAUAAAAGUAACCGAAACAGAGGCAGAAAAAUUAUAUCUUCUUCAAGAUUUGUCUUAGAAAGCAUCAUGCCUGAUGAUGUACCGAAAUUGAUGAAUAUUGAUGACCAAGAUAAUAUAUCGGAGGAAUAUUAUAAAACUACUCUCCAGCUUUUAGAAGAAAAAUUGAAAACAGUUGAUGAAGUAACUAAUUAUCUAAUAAUUUACGAAAAUGAUAAACUAUGUAGGGAAUAUCAUAUAUUAAAGAAAGAAUUAGAUCAACUUGAAAAGCAACGAUUCAAGACUAAAGAACAGGUUGAUCAAAUAGAAAAUAUUUGCAAAAUUUCUGGUGACAAUUCGACAAAUAUUCAAAAGAAUUUAAUUAAAGAGCGAGAAGAAUUGAAAGGAAUUGAACAUGAAAUCAAUGAUAAAAAAUCAAGGGUAAAAAGAAUUCAAAAAUUAAUCAGGAAAUUAGAUAAAAAUGAUUAUGACCUUCAAAAUGAUAAACAUGUUUUAUACAAUGGUAUGCGAAAGCUAAUUGGACACUGGUUGUUACAAAUCCAGAAUGAAUUAGACCAGGAAAUUGAUGUUGAAAGACAAAUAGAAUUGCAGAAUGACAUUGAAAAAGCCAAGGAAAAACUGGCACUUAUUGAUGCAGAUAUAAAUGACAUGUAUUUGUCUUAUAAUAAAAGGAAAAAGAAUAGAAUGUUAACUGAUUUCGAUUAUGAAAACUUUUGUGAAUAUAGCAGUUUUACUGAAUGCUUACUUCGAUAUGAUACAUCUUCCAAAAAUGAUAAUAAUAAUGCUAAUUCAAUGGUAGCAAUUGAAAUCACAGAGAACAAGUAGAAAAUUUAGAUGACAUUAGAAACUGAUAAUUUCAAAGCUAAAUAAUUUUAUAUUGAAUAAUUUGAACAAUUUUUAUUAAUUUUAGAUUAUAAUUCUACUCAUUGACUAUCCCAAAAUUAUUAAGCUUU